GUGUUCGUUUCAUUUCGCUGACAAACCAAAGAAAACUGGUAUGUUUUGAUGACGAAAACUUUCGGCGGAAGCAAAUUAAGAACGAAUCCUACACAAAUUUUAAAACGUGUUUUAUCUAAAUCAUCGAAAACGACAUCAAUUAUUGAAGAAGAAAAACGGAAUCGUCCAAUGGAAGGUCAAAAAGAACCCCCACGGCAAUCUUCGAAACCUAGUUUAAAUGUUGAAGCGGAAUUAGAAAUGUUAAAAAAACAAAUCGGAAGUUUACAAACGGCUGUUGAUUCGAUGCAAAAUGAAACGAUAAAGAAAGAGGUUACAAUUGAGAAUUUAUCGAAAGAAAAAGAAUUAUUAGCCGCCGAUUUGAAGAAGCAACAGCGUACUAAUUCAACGCUUAAGCAACAAUUAGAGGACGAAAGGGAAUUUUAUUAUAAGGAGAAGGAAGUGUAUUGCCAAGAAAUGAACGAUUGUAAGAAAUUGAAAAAAACUUUAAAAGUUGGCGAUUAUAAAACGCAAAUUGAACAUUAUAAAAAGGAAAUAGCGAAAUUAAAGGAUACGCUAACCCAAACUUUGGAAGCUAAUUAUAACUUAAGUAUAAAGUUUUUGCGAAUGAAAAAUACUAAAUAUUGUAUUAAGAAUCGAUUGAAGAAAUUAGAAACUUUACACGAACAUACCAUCUCGGAAUUAAGAAUACAAAUGGAACAAUUAAAAACCGAACUUGGAAACAUAGUCGAUCAAAAAUUAUUAAUCCCAAUCCCACCAAGCAAUAAAAAAUACUUACAGAUAGUUAAGCAAAAUAGCACUUUAGCACAUGAAAACUUAUGUUUACGUCUCGAAUUGGAUAAACUCAAUUUAGAAAUGGAUAAACACCGGAUGUUAGAAAUUCAAUUAGAAACUAACAGCAAAUUAAAAUACAUUAAUCAUAAAACGCGCAGUGAAACUCAAAUUGAAAAGGAUACAAGCGGUGAACAUUCAAAAUUACCCGGUCACGAUAGGAAACAAUCAAAAUCCGAACAAAAAUUGCGAUCGAAAAAUACAGAUCGAAAUACGGAAACGCUAGAUUUGUAUCAGUUUGAAGAGAAACCGAGAACGGCGAAGAUAAAGUCCGUUAAAAAUGAUUUUGAGAUAGCGGAAAAUAUGAAGAUUUCAACGGAAGAACGUCCUUGUAAAGAAAAAGACGACACGAAUGGCGAUGGAAGUAUGAAUAUCGAUUUGUUACGGUUGGAUUUUAUUGAGAAAAAAUUUUCGGAAACGUUUACGCAAAGUAGUGAUUGUACAAAUGAUACUUACGAUGCUGUUAGAACGCAAUCCGCACCGGAAAUAGUUCAAUCUUCUUUAUUUCUUAAGAAUAAGUAAGAUGUAAAAACAUCAAAAAUAAAUUGGGA